AUGGUGGUCGGCGGAUGUGAUCUCUAUACUACAAAGGCCGCAAGUGGUGACAAGAAGCUAUACAAGAACAUCGAGAGCUCGCUGGAAUCGCAGUAUGAAUCCCUCCUACGGCUUUCCGCAUCGCUCUCUCCACCCAACGCAUCCUCGGCAGCCAUUUCACUCAACCUCUCGCGCUCAAGUCCAUUUGGGCCCCUGAGCGAACACUCCAGUCGUAGGACGUACGCUUAUCUCAUCGCGACACUUAACGCGAGUCAUCCGGACUAUGACUUCUCGCAUGUCCUGCGACCCACCGACUUUCGGCGGGAGAAGAACCUGAGAAGAGUCAUGGAUACCAUCGACACAACCUUGUUUAAUCUUCGCCCGCAAUUAGCUCGCGAUGUCACUCCGCCCACUCCAACCGCAUCCUCGCCACACAUGUCGGCAACAGCCCAUUCCUGGGGGCCGAGGAUGUGGAAGAUUAUCGAUAACCAAAUGUCGCUCAAGGAGUGCAGUGUAUACUGCUAUAGCCCGGAUGAAGAUCCGUACGACGGUGAAGAAGGGACCGUCUGGAGUCUAAACUAUUUCUUCUUCAACAAAGCGAGAAAGCGAGUUUGUUAUAUCUACUUGCGCGGCAUCAGUGUCCUCAGCCAGCUUCCAGCUGAUGGAACAGCGACGCCCAUACCGGGCAAGCGAAACGUUGACGAUGAUGGAUAUGUGGCUCCUAACGCGGGUGCCAGGAAACGCGCCAGAUAUUGGUUUGGUGACGGCGCGAAUGAUGAGAUGGACGAAUUCAGCGCCGACGAGGAAGAAAGACAGCCAUCGCAACCCGCUCGUCCGGUAGUGGACGAGUUUGAUAACUACAUUCUCAGUGAUGACGACCAGCGUUCGCAGUCAGGUAGCAAACCUACUGUUCGUGCCUUGAGCGAAGAGAUCGCCGAUUCCAUGGAGGUGUAA